CGGGAAACUGCUCACUUGAGGAUAAAAUACAGAUCCAAGUACAGCGAUGUCUCUCUUUCACCAUGUUAUUGAUCGAGGACUUUCAAAAAGACGUAACGACCAUCGUCGGGGGCUUCCUCUGUCCUCUCUGUUGGAUGGAUUUCAAUGCACUCGACAGGAUGAACAUGUUUCUUAUGGAUCUUCAGCUGCUGCUGUGCCGCCGUUUGGAUGCACGUUUUGCUCUGACCCCCGCCAGCAGAGCUGCCUAGCUGUUGCAAAUGAAGAAGGUCUUUUGUCUAUCUUGAAUGCAGGAGAAAAGCAGAGCUCUAUACUGAAAGAGUGGCAGGCACAUGAUAAUGCAGUUUUCGACAUUGCUUGGGUUCCUGGUGUGAGCAGCUUGGUGACCGCCUCGGGUGACCAGACAGCCCGUCUGUGGGAUGUGAUCACUGGCGACCUGUUGGGAACAUUUAAAGGUCAUCAGUGCAGUCUUAAAUCAGUGGCUUUCCCAAAGCAAGAGAGAGCUGUAUUUAGUACUGGAGGAAGAGAUGGGAACAUAAUGGUCUGGGAUACAAGAUGCAGCAAAAAAGAUGGUUUCUACAGGCAGGUAAAACAGAUCAGUGGUGCCCAUAUGAAACCUGAGAGACACACGCCUCAAACAAAGAAGAGGCGUGGUAUGGCGCCCCCUGUGGACUCCCAGCAGGGUGUAACAGUGGUUCUGUUCUGCGAUGAGAACAAGCUUAUCUCUUCAGGAGCAGUAGAUGGGACCAUUAAAAUGUGGGAUUUGCGGAAGAACUACACUGCAUACUACCAGAAGUCUCUCCCUCUACAGGCCUAUCCAUACCCAGGCUCCUGUACACGCAAACUAGGUUAUUCUGGUCUUUCGCUGGACUCCACUAGCUCCAGGCUUUUCUCCAACUGCACAGAUGACAACAUCUACAUGUUCAAUAUCAGUGGUUUGAAAACAACACCAGUUGCUGUAUUCAGUGGUCACAGUAACUCUUCAUUUUAUGUGAAAUCCAGCGUCAGCCCAGAUGACCAGUUCUUGGCUAGUGGCUCAAGUGACCAUCAUGCUUUCAUAUGGAAGAUUUCAGAACCAAAACAAGCUCCCUUGAUGCUUCAGGGUCAUAGCCAGGAAGUCACUUCAGUGGCCUGGUGCCCCACUGACUUUACCAAGAUUGCUUCUUGCUCCGAUGACAACACCGUUAGGCUCUGGCGCCUGAACUGCAGACCAGAAGAAGGCACCGCAAACAGAGAUGCCAACAUUGUAGGCUGGACACUUCGUAAAAUCCAAUCACCAGCUAGUACACCCGACCUUCACAGCCCUGUUCCACACACUCCUGCCAAAAGUCCCAGGUCAGAGAGGAAUGUCUCUCUGGCUUCACCCCGGCCUGCUGCUUGUGCCCCCACCGGUGCCAAUUUACCCCUCCCAUCAAACACAUCUGCACCUGUGGCCAAACUCAGCAGCCCCAAAAUCACUUCAUCUAUCCAGCAGUGGAUCAGCCGCAGUUGUUCUCCAGGUAACCGUGACACAUCUCCACCUCGUACGGUGCUCCAACCUGUCGUCCAGGGUCCUUCCUCUGAACGGCGUGCCAAGCGACGACUGGACACGGGUGAUGCUGCUGGAUCUGGUUUGGGUGAGGAGAAUGGAGUAUCUGAGUUGUAUCCAGAUAUGAAGAGGAGCAAGAGUUCGGUGAGCUCGCAGAACUGCUCCGAAGAGAAGAGCGACUUAUUCAGUUUGGAAACUGAAGAGAAGUGCCGCUCAACCGUUGAAGCUGGUAAAGAGAACAGCUCUCCAAGAACGACUGAUUGGUUGUCCGUGAUCAGCCAGAGACUUAAAGGAUCAGCUCAGCCCAAAAGUCCCAACAGCAGCAGCAAACGACAGGAUGCUAGAAUACACUGCUCCCCAGCAGCAGUCUCUCCACUUCCCAAGAGAGUCGUCUCCCCUCCACCAGCCCAGAAAGCGUCACCUUCCAGACCUAUGAAAAAAAUCUCUAGCUACUUUAUGAAAAGGACACAAGACUGAUUGUUUGAUCAUCAGACAUCCUGCUGAGAACUCUAUUUUAUGACAAAAAUCUAUUGUUUAAAUUCUAUCCCAUGUUUCCUUGAAAUAUGCGGCCUGUAUUUAUGUAUGUAAUGUUUCGAUUUUUAUCUAGUUUUAUAUUU